AUGGAUGCAAAAUCACAUCUAGCCGACCUAGUGCCUCUUGGCCAGACCGAUUUGGAUGCUCCGAAUUUCCACGACGAAUGGCUCAAGCCAUUGAACAAGGAAGGUAGUACAGGUGCACUGCGACACAAGGGUCAAAAACCGCUUGGCACUGGGUCGUUUAGUAUAGUCUAUCAAGUAGAACGGCCCGAGUCCGAACUACACGCUAAGGAGUCGAAACAUAAGAAUAAAGUAUUUGCUGCAAAAGUAAUCACAAAGAUGCAUGGACCUAAAGAGACUUGGCCCAGAGAUGUUUUCACGGAGAGACGUAUUGAAGGGUUCGCAAAACACGAAGCAAAGGUACUUUCAAAGCUUAGACAUGAGAAUGUGAUGAAGUGCUAUGGGGCCUUUGAAAACAAGCGGGCAUGGGUUCUUGUUCUUCAGUUUGCAGCUGGCGGAAACAUCGAUGACCGCAUGGUGAACAGCGGCAGAUACAUGUUGACAGAAGAGGAAGCAAUACAUUAUACAAGACAAGAAGUCGCUGGCCUGGCUUAUGUUCAUUCAGAAGACCUUAUUCAUAGAGAUAUAAAACCUGGUAACUUCUUUAUAAAGAAUGCUUAUGAUAAAUCUACCCCCUUCACUAGUGAUCAUCUCUUGAUAGGAGAUUUCGGCUUUGCAGUAGAAACAGAAAUUCGCUUGGAAGAUCGUACCACAUGUGGAUCGCCAAUAUACAUGGCUCCUGAGGUAUAUUGUAAGUCAGACUUCUCAAAGGCAGGAGACAUGUGGGGAAUAGGGUAUAAUAUGAAUAAUGAGAUGGUUCAGAACACUUUAGAAUCGCCCCGCUUUUCGGAAAUACCUCCUGCAGCCCUGGUUGAGUAG